GAUGAUGCCAAAAGUUCAGCAAAUGCUAGAACUGAAACUUAAUGAAACCUUUUCAAUCCCUUUGCAACCUUUUCCUUUCCAAUAUAUAUUCCUUGCGGCCAUUUUCUUCAUUCUCUUACACAGAUGGUCCUCUUAUAGAAACUCAUCUGUACCACCUUCUCCACCAAAGCUACCCAUCAUUGGAAACCUUCACCAAGUAGGCUCACUCCCUCAUCGCUCACUUCAAACCUUAUCUCAACGCCAUGGGCCUGUCAUGCUGCUCCAUUUCGGAAGCAAGCCAGUCCUUGUCAUCUCGUCGGCUGAGGCUGCGUCCCAGAUCUUCAAAACCCAUGACCUAAUAUUCUCCGACAGACCUAAGUUCAUCUUCUUUGAAAAGAUUGUCUACAACUCCAAGGACAUUUUAUCGGCCCCUUAUGGUGAUUACUGGAGGCAGCUCAGGAGUAUAUGUGUCUUGAAUCUUUUGAGCAACAAAAGGGUUCAUUCUUUUCAUGCUGUAAGACAAGAGGAAACAAGAUUGAUGAUAAGUAACAUACUACAGUCCUGUAGUGUUCUAUCAUCCUCCUCCUCCUCAUCCUCACCGGUUUUAAAUCUGAGCAACAUCUUUAUGAAGCUUAGUAAUGAUGUCAUAAGCAGAACUGCUCUGGGGAGGAAGUACAGCGAUCUUAGGGAAGACAGAGGGAAGAUGUUCAUGAAGAUUGUUAAAGAUAUGUCAGAGUUCUUCACACGUGUUAACAUUGGUGACUAUAUUCCAUGGCUUGCUUGGUUCACUCGCCUCAGUGGGUUUGACGCUGAAUUAGAUGACCUGGCUAAACGAGCAGAUGCGUUUUUAAAUAUGGUUAUUCAAGAGCAUAUUGAUAAAUCAAAUAGUGGAAUUGAUGGUAUGAACGACAAUGAAGAACAGAAGGAUUUUGUGGACGUUUUACUUGCGGUUCAGAAAGAAAAUGCAGCUCGUGUCCUUGUUGAUCGAGUUGGCAUAAAGGCAAUCAUCCUGGAUAUUUUUGCUGCUGGCAGUGAGACUUCAUUUACAACCUUAGAGUGGGUUAUGUCUGAGCUUAUGAGGAAUCCAAGGGUGAUGACAAAAUUGCAGAAUGAGGUCAGGGAAGUAGUUGGAAAAAAAGAAGAUAUAACAGAGGAUGAUUUGGUGGAAAUGAACUACUUGAAGGCAGUGAUCAAAGAAACUUUUCGCUUGCAUCCUCCACUUCCAUUACUUGUUCCCAGGAUGUCCAACAAAAAUGUGAAAAUAAACGGUUACAACAUUACAGCUAAAACGCAAGUUAUGGUGAAUGCAUGGGCAAUUGGAAGAGAUCCUAAGUCAUACACAAAUGCCGAGCAGUAUGAGCCAGAAAGAUUCUUAAACAGUGCUAUAGAUUAUAAAGGGAAUGACUUCGAAUUAAUUCCAUUUGGUUCUGGUAGACGAGGAUGCCCAGGAAUCCAAUUUACCAUUGCUCUGAUAGAGAUUGUUUUGGCAAAUAUUGUUCACAAGUUUAACUGGAAAUUGCCUGAUGGUGCAACAGCAGAGGAUUUAGACAUGAGUGAAUCCACUGGCAUAACCGCAUCUAGAAAAUAUCCUCUCGAAGUGGUUGCCAGACCAUAUUCUUCCUGCUUCUAAGAAGCUUCACUAUCCUCUCUUGAACUUCGAUUUCCUUGUACUAAUUAAAACUUUUUUAUUGCCUUCUAUUAAAAGAAAAAUAUCAUAAAAAUUCACAUCGUCUGAUGUUUGUAGUUUAUGAGCAAACUCCCUGUUGAAGUGUACCUUUAUAUGUAUGUUAAUAAGGAAAUUUAUGAUUUCUUAAUGGGUGAUAUUAUUGA